CGCAGAGGGAGGAAGGCAAGGCCAGCUCAGCACAGCAUGACCGUGACCCGGGUGCUGCUCACCGUGCUCCUGCUGCAAGGGGGGUUUCCAGGGGCUGCCAGUGACUCUGUGACUCUGAAGGAAGGAGAAAACCUAAAUCUUCACUGCACCUUCAGCACCCCCAGCAACAACAACCACAGCUCUACCCUGCAGUGGUUAAACCCUCACGGUUUCACCAUUUUCCUCAACGCCCAGAGGGUUUUAAGAGACCAGAGGUACAAACUCCUCCGUUAUUCCAAGGAUGAAUUAUCCAUCCAGCUGUCCAACGUGACAGUGCAGGAUGAGGGAAUUUACAGCUGCUUCUACUACAGCAGGCACUUCCAAAGCAACAGCCAAAAUGUGGAGAUUUUGGCUGCUCCUUCCCCUCCAGUGCUGGAAAUAUCCCAGGACAAAGCAAGAGGCAUCAAACUCUCCUGCUACAGCCAGGGCAGCAAACCCCAGCCCCAGAUUUCCUGGCUGUUGGACAACGGGGUAGAGCUCCCAGGUGACAGCAGGCACCAGCUGGGAGCUGAUGGGAAGAAAUGGAGCACAAGCAGCACCCUGAGGAUGCUGAGCUGCAGCCCCAAAGCGACAGCCAGCUGCAUCAUCCAGCACCCUGCACUCAGGGCACGGAGGCUGAUGGCAUCUUUCCACUGCCAGGACCUCCCCAGCACAGGCUGCAAACAACCAACCAGACUUCCAGAGGAUGCAGAAGUUCCCAGCCCUUCAGAGAAUCCAGCAGGGACGAGUUCUCCAGAGAAUCCAGCAGGGACCAGCCCCUCUGCAUCCUCAGAGAAUCCAGAAGUUUCCAGCCCUUCUGCAUCCCCAGAGAAUCCAGAAGAUUCCAGCCCCUCUGCAUCCCCAGAGAAUCCAGCAGGUACCAGCUCUUCUGCAUUCCCAGAGAAUCCAGAAGAUUCCAGCCCUUCUGCAUCCCCAGAGAGUCCAGCAUGGACCAGCCCCUCUGCAUCCCCAGAGAAUCUGGCAGGUACCAGCUCUUCUGCAUCCCCAGAGAAUCCAGGAGUUUCCAGCCCCUCUGCAUCCCCAAAAGAUCCAGCAGUUCCCAGCUCAGCACCAGCCCAGCCAAACCUCACAGGUGUCACAUCUAAGGAGCAAAAUCCCCAAUCCAAAAGCAUCGUCAAGAAGGAGAAGAAUCUCCUGCUGCCCAUCCUGGUGGCUGCUCUGGUUUUUGUGCUGCUCAUCAUUGUCCUGCUUUUCAUGGCGAAGCUGAAGAAAGCCCACGGGGUGUGGAAGAGAGAAAAUGAUGUUUCAGAGCAGACACUGGAGAGUUACAAAUCCAGAUCUAACGAAGACAGCCCAAGCCAUGAGAAGAAUGGACCAGCUGUAAAUCCCAAAUCCAACAUGCAAUAUGUAACAGAAGGACACGUGGAAACCCCAGAGAAGAAUCUGGAAACCCCAGAGAAGAAUCUGGAAACCCCAGAGAAGAAUCCAGGAGAUGAAAACACGGCAAUAAGUGAGGAAAUGUUUCAGUGUGGAAGGGAGACAGAUGUAUAACUGUGGAAACUGCAGUUUCCUGAUAUUUGCAUUCAAGUUUUCAGGGAUCUUGAUUUCAAGGAGCAGAAGGGACAAAGCUCCAUCCCAAAGGCAGCUGGGGGUGGUUUUGUCACCCAGCAGGACAGGGAGAUGGGACUGGUGCUCCUGGAACCCUCAGGGGUUUCAUGAACCACUGCCACAAACAGCUCAUCAACCCCAGCAGCAAUCAGCGUCCUGUGAGGACAUCCAGGCCCCAAUGAAGAUAUUUCUGAUUGAUUUUGUCACCUCCUCUGUGACCACAGGGCUGAGAAGGGAAUCCCAGGUGCUACAAACCAACUGUGACUUUUAUUUUCUCCCUGUGACCCCAAACCUGGAUUUCCAGCUGGAUUUAACCAAGCUGGGAAGCAGCCUGAUGUCCAAAGGAUUAAAAAAAACCCCAAAAAAACACCCCAAACAGAAAUCCAACCCAAAUUAUUCUAUGUUUUGAUGAUUCUGUGAAGCCUUCAGACGUGAAGGGGA